AUGAAAGCUUUGGUCAUUUCGACAAGUCAACAAGAAAAAUUAAUUCAAAAUGAAACCGAACGUCGACGAACACUUCGUCUUCUCCAGACUCGUCAGAUAGAAAAAGAACGAGCUGCUCAACUUCGACAAACCGUAGCAGAUGAAAAGAAGAAACAAACUUAUCUUCUUCUCAAUCGACUCCAAGACGAAUGGGUUCAAGAGAAGAUUGACUUGCACGAUAAUCUCGAAUAUCAGUUUCGUGAGAAUCUCAUGGAAAUGGGCAAAGGUCACAAAGAAGCAGCUGAUCAACCCGAUUAUGAAGAGCAAUGGCUGAAGAAGACAUCAGAAAAUGAUGCUCGUGCUGUGGAACGAGGUCAACAAGCACUGGACAAACUUCACAGUGAUACGAUGCAAAAUGAAAAUGAACGUAAUCUUCAUCUUCUCCAUCGAAAAGCAGCGUUGGAACUCGAGAAACUGCGCGCUCAACGUAUUGCGAAAUUACCUGUACCUGAAGAUCCUCUACGUGAUCUUCAAACGAAACCAACCACAAUUGUGACUGUUCAUGAUCCGUAUAAUUUCACCACAUCACGAUAUCAUCUGGAAGAACGACUUGUGACGAGAGAAGAAGAUCAACAAGGAGACGCGGCCGAAGAUGCGAUUGUUGAGCAAGAACGUGUUGAUGCAUAUGUGUGCGAUAAACAACGAUUAUGGAAUGAACAACAAGAAAAAGCUCGUGUUCGUGGCGAAAAUGCGCUGAAAAGAGAAGUUCUCGACAAUGCAUAUGAUAAUGUGCUGGAAGAAUUGGGUAAACUGGAAAGACAAGAUCGAGAUCGUCGUCAGAAAGAGAUUCAGAAUCUUCCCAAGAGUAUUUUUAUUCCACCGUGGCGUCGUGAAGAAGAACGUGAAGAGAGACAACGACAAAUGGAAACAGCCUUUGAACAAGUUUAUCAAGAUAAUCAUCGCAAACAAGCAAUUCCCAUCGUGUUGAUGAACGAAGAUGAAGGAGUAGACGAAGAAGAUGUAGCGAGUGAUCGAACAUUGAUUGCAGACAAUGAGGAAGAAGAAGAAGAAGUUCAAGCACAGUAUCGAAUGGCAACUGUGACACCAUCGGUGAAUACAGUUCCAUUGGCAAAUGAAGAAGUUCAUGAAGAUGAAGAAGCAACAUUAGCAGAUCCAACCUUAAUGACAUUACAAACUCCAUUACCUGAACAACAACAGCUGAUCAAACAGCAGAACAUCAAUCGUCUCAUGGAGAAGAUCGAGCGACAAAGGCAAGCAGCACAAAAUCGAUCGAAUCAACAAUCAAUUGUGACACCAACGAUGAAAACACCGAAACGACUUGUUGUUAGUCCUGGCUAUGUGGAAAGUACAACAUCGGCGAAUUCUUCAGUUGUUCAAGGGGAUGAACAAUCAUCAGCGAAUACAACAGCAACAGCUGAUAUAGAAGCGAGACGCAAUCAUCUUGAGUUUCGAAAACGAGCUUUAGAAGAACAAAUUCGUCUUUUAUCUGCUCGAGCUAAUCUUCUUCCUCAAACAACAUCAGUUGCAAUUGUUUCACCUACAUCUGAUGUUUCGAUUGAAAGUUUAUUGAAAAAUCUUCGUAUGACAAACAACACAACAAGUUUUCCUUCAUCUGCAGCAUCAUCAGUUUAUACUGGUAAACGACAGCGAGAUGAUCAUGAACAGUUUGUUCAAGCAGUUCAAGCGAUUGUUUCAUCGGAUGAAUGUCAAUCACAAACAUCAUCAUCUGGUAUUGCGAUUGAAGAUGAUGAUAAAUCACACGAAACAAUGUCGAAUGGUUCGAGUCGUGAACGUGUUCAUUUCGACAAAUAUGAAAGUCAUUCAUCAGAAGACCGUGAUCAUUCAUUAGAAGAUCUCAUUUCACGUCUUGUUGCCACUCAGCAACAGCAACAACAACAACAAUCGAACAAUCAAUUUCAUGAACUGAUCAUGGAAACACGACCUUCGCGAAUCGAAGUGACGAAUCGUUCGUUGAUCAUUGAUGAUCUUGUGGAUGAUGUUUUGUCUUCGAUGUCAUCGUUGUCUGGUAAUACACCUGUAGAUCCAAGAUCGGCAUCACCAGAAAUGGCGCAGUUAUUGUCGUUGAAUCGAAAUGUGGAAAGUGCACAAGAAUUUCAUGUGACUCGAUCAGAUGAGAAUCGUUUCUAUGAAGAGAAACGAUUAAUUGAACAAGAAUUGGAACUGAUUCGACGUGAACGAGAAAAUCUUAUUCAUGAGCAUGAGAAAUAUCGACAACAAGCAAUGAUGUCAGCAGGAGGAGCAGCAGCAGCAGUACCAAUGGCAAUGGCACAACAAACAGCAGUUCAGCCACCACCUCCUCCUUCUCUUCUCCGAGCGAAAUUGAAUCAAGUUGUGACAAACGAAGCACAUGAGUUGAGCACAAUUCAAGAAGUCGACACACCUGUCAGUUCAAGAAAUACAUCAGUAUUUCUUCAUCGUAGUCCAUUGAAAUCAUCGUAUGAUCUUCAACAAUUAGAAAGAAUCUCCUCAGCUGAUUCGUCGUCAUCAUCUGAAUCUGAUCACAAUGAAAUUCUCUCAUCACAGAUCUCAGCAACUCAACUUCUUCUUCAACAACAACAGCAGCAGCAACAGGUGAUUGUGACGAAUGGAUUGGAACGAGAUGAUUCGGGUAUUUCAUUGUUCGAUGGUCCACGCUCAUCAGCAACAUCACGAACAACGAUCGCUUGUGGAAACGGUGGUGGGAGAAGUUCAAGUAGUGGAAUUCAAAGUUUGUUACCAACACGACAAUCACGUGUUCGAACGAUCACAAAUGAAACAACAAAUACAUCAUCAAGCACAAAUCCACCUGUGCUGACAACAACACCUCGAUCAAAUACCGAAUCCGAUGAUCAAUCAUUGUCAAGUAUUUCGAAGAAAUGGAGAGAUAUUCUUGCAAACGAAUGUUUACCUCAAUUGCCUCAACUGGGUAAUGCAAAUAAAGAUAGUGAGCCACAAUUAACACAUUCACUCGGAUUUGGAUCAUCAAAUAUUGAUGAUCUUCUUGUGCCGUCAUCAUCAUCAUUGACUCAUCCACAUGAGAUAUUUUCAUCUUCAUCUCAAAGUACACAAGAACAACUUCUUCGUUCUCAAUACGCGAAUGAACAGUGUGAUUUGAUGUCAUUAAUAAAAGUUCAUGAAUAUCUCACAAAACAACAACCAACAACAACAGCAGCAGCGACAACAUCAGCCAUGCCACUUGUUGAUCCGAUGAUACCUUCGACCACUCCGCCAGUUCAUCAUCGAUCUUACUCAACAUUGACAUCUGUAACAUAUCGUUCUUCUCUUGCCAAACAAGUUCUUGCCAGUGGUCAGCCCAUCUCCACUCCAUCACAUUGUUCACAUUCAUCAUCAUCAGAUUUACCAUUAAAUCAUGUUUUACAAGAGAAAAGCGAUCGUCAAGGUAGUGUGAUCAGUGAUAUUCAUCAUUUGACGAAUUCUCCAAAUACAUUCGAAACAUCGAUCACAUCCAACUCUUCAUUAUCAUCAGCAUCGAAUAAACAUCACGAUACAUUAUCUUACUUGAUCGAACAGAAUCAACGUGCCAUGCAGCGACUCAUCACAAAUCAUCAAGUGAACUCGAAUGAAGAAUCAACAGCGAUACUUUCAUCGGCAUCGAUGCGAAUACCUGAUUAUGAGAGUGGACAACUACUGACAACCAUCUCACAUGAAAAUACUCAAUUGUCACGAGCACAAGCACAACAGAAGAGCACAUCGAUCGAGACAGGAUCUUUGUCAACAGUUGAUUUUCCAUCUGCUCUUUUACAUGCUGAAGAACAUCGUGUAUUUGAAACAGUUGAAUUGAAUUCUAAAAUUGAUGGUGAUGAUCAUGGUAUUCUUGAUGAACCAUCGUUGACUCUUCUUUCGAACAGUUAUCGUUCAUUAACAACAACAACAGCGACGACAAAUCAAAUAGUGAAUGAAAUGGGAACUCAAUCGAGAUCACAACAAAAGAAGAAACAAUGUUCAUCUCCACUUUCGACAUGUGAUGAUAAGACAAGUGCUUGUUCAACUCCAGCAUUAUCACCGAUCAAAAACGAACCGUUUGCGAUAAGUGAAACAAAGAUUCGGUCCGAAGCAUCAGCAAAUGUGUUUUCAGCAAUCCCAGCAGUCAGUCGAUAUUCUCCAUUGUUGUCAUCAGUAUCAACUAGUUCAUCGCUUCAAUUGUCGUCACGAAAACUAAACAAGGAAGAAGCUCCCGUACAUAGUAAUGACGCUUCGUUACUUUCAUUUGAGCGACAUGAAGUGAGUGCUGGAAAUGCAACAUUAAUGACAGCCAAUGAUCAAGAUGAAUUGAAAUCCAAUGAAAACAAUUCACCAAUCAUUUCGACAAAUGCAGACUGGUCGUAUUUUGUCACUGUCCGCGAAGGGUUGUCCAGAGAAUUAGAAAAACCUUCUCCAGCUACUUCAUCUGGCUCAUCAUCAUCCUGUUCAUCAUUAUCCAAUAAUGAUACAGGACAUUGUGAACAACGUAGACAUAUAGGCGGACUCGAAUUUUUCAUUAGUGGAGAUCAGCAAGAUUCUUCUACUCCUCAAGUUGUUCAAUUACCAUCUCUUCAAUCGGCAUUAGAAACACGUCGAGCUGAUUUCCUUGCGACAAGUCAAAAACGUGUUGAAGAAAUUAAAGCUAAAGAUUAUACAACACCAACACCAACUUCUCAUAUUCCUGUUGCAACACGCUUUGUAACGUCAAAGUCGGCUCCAACAACGGCAACAAACGGAGUUGAAACCGAUUCGGAUGAACGACAACGACGUGUUCGAGAAUCGAAAGAACGUUCUAAACGUUUGUACGAUCAAUUAGCCGAAGUUCAACAAAAGAAAAAGUUUCAUGAAAGCAAGCAACAAGCUCAAGCUUAUCGUGCGCGUAUGAACGCUUUUCAAACGACAUUAACUAAAAAAAAGACAAUUAACAACAAAAAACAGUGA